GGGCGGGGCCUGGGGAAAAGGACGGGACUCGGCUGCAGCGCAAUGGAAGCCCCGCCCAUCCCCUAAAGCCCCGCCCACGGCCGGAGGUUUGGCGCGCCCGUGUUGCCCCCCCGUGGUGGCCGCGCUACACCGCCCUGUCCUGCCGGCGCUGUCCGCMCCAUUCCACCUGCCCUGUCCCGACCUGCGUGCACUCCCGUGCCUUUCCCUCCUGCUCUGCAUCCAGCCAUGUGCCCAGGGUCCCCCCCACACCUUCCUCCACCUCACAGCCGACUACCCCCGGGCUGGCCCCUGCCCCGGGACGCUGGAGCCCCGGGAGCUCUCGGCCGGGGCCAGCCGCCCCCGCAGAGCGCUGGCCCGGAGCCCCAAGGACGGGAGCCCCGGUGCUGGGCCGUGCCAGCGGUGGCUGCGGAUCUCAUCAUGGUGGAGGCUGCCCGGGGGAGCACUGCAGGGGCCGGGGCCGGCCUUGCCGCGCAGGCAGAAAGCGUCCGGCAGCGGGAUGGCGGGGAUGGCACUGCCCCUCUGCCUGAUCCUCGCUGCCGCUCUGCAGGGCGGUCUGACCCGGGCACCGGCGCCCCCCGCCCGCCCCGGKCCCCUGCUCCUGCGGCUGCGGCGCCUGGAGGAGCAGUUUCUCCGGCUCCAGGAGGUGACACGAAACCAUCUCCAGAGCAUUGCCAGCAACUACAACAUCUCCUACAACAUCGAUGGACGUUUCCAGGCACUGACGGAGCAGGCGGAGGCAGCCGUCGCUGCUCGGGCCGCCCUGRGUGCCGAGCUGGCCCGCCUGGCCACCACCGGCCGGAGGCUGCGCCGCAGGCUGAAGAGGCUGGAGGGGACAGUGGGUGCCCUGAGGCCACCACACAGCCUGCUCACCCACCCACCGGGUGCACAGGUGGCAGUGAACCCCAAACCACAUGGCCUGCCGGACACUGCCCGGAGCCGGGACAUCCAGCUGGAGCAGGAGCCACCAGGCCAGGCUGUCCCCAGCACCCCCAGCCCUCGGCGCCCGAAGAUGAGGCGUUGGCAUCAACAYCGGCAGGAGGACGGGCUUUGGCUGCCGGGUGAUGCCGGACCUGGUGGAGCACCGGAGGAGRAUGAGACUCCUCGUGAUGCAGCACCAGCACCCCAGACCAUGGCACCUGUGCUCUGCACCGCGAUCACGGUGACCCAGGAGCAGCCCCCAGCCCCGCAGCAGCCGGGAGAGGGUGGGUACGGCCCCCUCGCCCCCGUGCCCAUCCCACUCGCCUGCCGCACCGGUGCCGUCCUGCUCUUCCCCAUCAGCUCCGCUGAGCACGGGGCCGUUCUGGGGCUGGGGCCACACCGGGGGCUGCGGGCGCUGUCACUCUGUGCCUGGCUGGCCACCUCAGCCCCCCGCCUCGGUGCCCUCCUCUCCUACGCCACGGAGGACGGGCACAGCAAGCUGGCCGUGCUUGGCCAUGGUGCGGAUCGCCCCGGCUCCGCACGUUUCGUCUUGGGGGACGGGCAAUUUCGGGAGCUGCCGGUGAUGCCGCUCCUGGAUGGCAAGUGGCACCACCUGUGCCUCACCUGGUCCUCCGGGCAGGGCCAGUACCGCUUCUACGUGGACAGGAGGCUGCUGGCUGCCGGCUCCAGCUUCCAGCAGGGCUAUGAAAUUCCCGCUGGUGGCUCACUGGUGCUGGGCUGGGAGCAGGACRGCCCCAACUGGCACUUGGGCACUGCAGAAGCUUUUGUGGGUCACCUGGCUGGCUUCGCUCUCUGGAGACGGGCUCUCCUGCCAGGGGAGGUGGCCAGAAUGGCGAUCGGAAGGGGGCUGCCCCGCGGCCCUGUCCUCACGCUGACCGAUGCCUCCCUGMAGGGCGGGGUGCGGAGGGUGGCGUGUCCCUGCCUCCAGCACUGCCUGUGACGAGCCUGGCAGCAGAAAUGGAGGCGGCUGGCUCAUGGUGCCGAUACYGACASGAGCAGAACCCUCCCGGGGUGAUGYGACAYCCAGYAGAGAGGGUGUCUCAGGACCGGGACCACCGGAGGAGGGGGGAAAAGGGAAAGGGGCCUUGGCAGCCACUAUGUCAGAGGUGGGACCAAAACCAUAGGUCGCCAGCUCCUACAUGGUGURCAGCCCAUCUUUGCUAUUAAAAUGCUCCGGACAUUGGAGA